CACCUUUACAGCUGAUUGGCAGAGGCUUUCCCCGCCCGGGUCUACGUUCUAUGAGCUGCAGCACUAUCUGAAUGGAGCAGCUGUGUAUAGGGAGAAGUGCAUAGCAGCAGAGCCACACUGCCCAUCACCUACCGAGCCAGAUGGAUAAAAUAGAAGUCCUUAGACACCAUCCCUACGGUGGCGCCCCCUGGAAGUCCGCUCCGGGGAAAGGAGACUUUGAAGCGGUGGAAGCGCUUAUGUACAUGAGCAACCGCUGGAAGCUGGAGUCCAAAUGUUAUACCGAUUUGAGACCAAUUACCCCAGCGUCUGACCUCUCGGAGAGCGAAGAUAGCUUGAUGACAGCCGAAUUCAGCAGUGCCACCAUGCCAGCCUUUUGCCUGACCCCACCAUAUAGCCCUUCUGAAUUCGAAAUGUCCCAUUCCCCUGGCAUCCACACCGUGUGCCCAGUACCAGCUACUGAGAAAAACAGGUCUGCAUCUGGCAUGAGCCAUAGAAAUUUAGGCCCAACCCAACCAAAAGCCCAGGUGACCAGCGUCAUCCGCCAUACCGCCGAUGCCCAGAUCUACGAUCAGCAUCAUCCGGGGCUGCCAAAGAAUUGCGAACGUCCUAUUGCAAACAGCAACGGUCAGCUGAGGGCUUCCCCUGGCAUGGCGGUGCCAACGUGUGAGAAUAAUAGGCACGAGCAGAUCAAGACUGAAACUCAGACAGCGCCCGUUGUCCUGCCGGCACAUAAUAAUCCUCCGACCGCUCUCCAGAAUUGCAUUGGGAAAGCCAAUUCUGAUGCCAGCCAUGCUCCAAUGCAUAUCCCGUCCCUGCCACUGCUCGUUUCCACACCGUUACAUGCAAGUGCCAUGUCCCAGAUGCCAGUCCUAUGUCAGAUGGUUCCCUUCUCUUCUAACAAUUCCAUGGUGACGAGAGUAGUCGCAAACACUCCUGCCCAGCCCCCAGCCGUCAUGCAGCCUCUGUUUUACAUGGGAGCCCAAGUGCCAAAAGGGACAGUCAUGUUUGUCAUGCCCCAACCUCUGGUGCAAAGCACAAAGACUGUUGUGUCCAGUGGUCAUCGCCUGUCACCCAUUGCACCAGCACCCAGCGUUGCACCUUCAGAAGGAAAGGUCUCAUCGCACCUAGAUUCCUCCCGAAUUAGAAGUCAUAUCUGCAGCCAGCCCGGGUGUGGCAAGACGUACUUCAAGAGCUCACAUUUGAAGGCACAUAUGAGAACGCAUACAGGAGAAAAACCCUUCAGCUGUAGCUGGGAAGGUUGUGAAAGGAAGUUUGCUCGCUCUGAUGAACUGUCUCGGCACCGGCGGACACACACAGGGGAGAAGAAGUUUGCAUGUCCAAAGUGUGACCGUCGAUUCAUGCGCAGCGAUCACCUGACCAAGCACGCACGGCGCCACCUAUCGACAAAAAAGCUCCCCACUUGGCAGAUGGAAGUGAGCAGGAUAAGCGACAUCGUCAUGCCGCAGGCCUCGGCUCCUGUCCAGUGAAGGCACCUACAGGCCUUACAACUCUCAGGAUAAAGUGGCCAUGGUCCCAAACCAUGAUGAAAGAUCACGUCCGCCCCAUUAUGGAUGCGACUCUGGUUCGAUCUUUCUCGGAAGGAAAUGUGGUCCGUGAAGGAACGGUAGCGAAUACAGACAGACUUUGACGAAGACUCGGGUUCCUAUAUUUGUCAUUUUUUUUGUUCUACUGCAUUGUUGAAAUAUGUCAAAUGCAGGCGGUUUUGUGUAGAGCUAUCAAGUACACAAUGUGACCAGGGUGAUAUGGGGCGUGAAUAUUUUCACCGCUUACAAUAUUUUGCCGGGUAGUUAAGAAUACCAGGGAUGAGUGGCGUGACCUUGACUAUAACACACUGGACUGGUUAGUCAUCUCCUGACAUAACGUGGGGCUACGUAGGCCCCAUAGUGAAGAGUAACCAGUACCUGAUUUACUAACACUUCUAGUUAACUAUAAAAGCUAGUCAAUACUUUGAACAGCUGAGUUUUAUAUCGCUAACCAGAUAAUGCUUUCAUAGCUCAAUAGAGACAGUAAUGGUGACAACACAAAUUAUAUUUUUUAAUGUGUUAAUGUUAGGGCUCAUUCAGACGGCCGUAUGCUGCCCGCAAAAAAA